ACAUAUGCAGAUUGCUUGGAUGACCUAAUUUUCUUGCAGGCUAUCUAUCAGUUUGUUGGAUCAUGCGAAGAUGAAUAUUAUUUAGUAGUGGCUUUGGACACAGGCAUAAAGUGGAGUAAAGUGGGAACAUGGUGGGAAUCGAUCUUGGAACUCUACCAUUUCCAGAAUAUAAAACAGUUAUCAUUUAACAAAGGUGAUGUCUUGGUUGUUACUAAGAAAGAUAGUGGAGGUUGGUGGGAAGGAAUGAUUGAUGGAAAAAUUGGAUGGUUUCCAUGUAAUUAUGGAGAGGAGAUAACUGCAGAUCCUUUACCUACACCAGAUGAAGUUUUACCCUCAACGCUCUCUGAAGAUGCAAAGCAAUAUCACAAAUUAGUUGUUGAAAACAUUCUUCAAAUCCAAAAAAAACACUUGACUGAAUUAAAGGAUUUUUGGGAGCAUUAUUUAUUACCAUUAAAAUCAUCUGAAAUUUUAAAUGAACAAAAAAGAGAAAUCAUAUGUGGAAAUUAUGAUGAGAUAGUGAGUUUUCAAGUUGAACUAUCACAAAAACUCGAACAACAAUCUCUAAAACCUAUUGAGAAACAACGAUUUGGUGAAUGUUUCUUACUAGUUCGGAUGCAGAUGAAAAGUUUAUAUCUGCAAUAUUGUUUAAACCAUCCCCAAGCAGCUAUAAUAAUAUCACAGAAUGCAGAUGAACUCAGUGCAUACAUGGAAUCUAAGGGUGCACAAAAACCUGGUAUUAUGUUUUUGCGAUCACUCUUAUCUAAGCCAUUUUUGCAUGUUGAGAAAUAUGGAAACCAAAUAAAAGAACUUGAAAGACAUGUUGAGGAAUGCAACAUUGAUAGUUUGGAUAUGAAAAAAGCCACCCAAGUUUUACAAAUUAUUGCUUUAAGUUGCCAUGAAGUUAGAAAAAAGAAAGAAACUGAACUAGAAAUACUCACUGGAACAAUAGAAGGUUGGCAAGGAGAGCAUAUAACCUCACUUGGUACUCUUGUUCAUAUGGGUCAAGUUUUUAUUGAGAAAGAAGAACUAGCUCGCAGAGAAAGAUAUUUUUGUCUAUUUCCAAAUGAUUUUGUUGUUGUUUCAGUUGGUAUUGAUUUAGUUGGUUAUUGUUUCGAGGAGCGUCACUCAAUAGUUGGUAUUAGUGCUCGGAAUAUAGAAGAUACGGAUACAUUUUUUAAUGGCUUUGAACUAAUAGUAUCAAAUAAUAAAUGGCGUGUCAUGACAAGCUCUCCUCGAGAAAAAGAUGUUUGGAUGCACGCAUUAAAGAAAGUUUUAAAAGAUCGAUGUGAUCUAGCUAUUCAACCAGAAACUCCUAAACUAGCAGCUUCAAAACUUGAAAGAAGUGAUAGUAAAAGAUCUGAGGUGAAGUCUUUACCACUAAGUGAUGAAGGUGUAGAAAUUGAUGAAAAACCGAUUUUAAGAAGUUACAGUACUGGUGCGGCAGUUGGAUCUUAUAAAGCUUCAGAUACAGUUGUUAAUACUGUUUCAUCAGUUGAGCCAUACAAGGCAAAUGCAGUUUCAGCUAUAAAAGCAACUGCUAGACAACCUGUAAAGAAAGAAUGGAGUUUUACAAGGUUACGUCCAACACCUCCAUAUCAGCAAAGUUCCCAAACCAAAAUAGAAGAUCAACAAAGCAGCAGUCCAAUUUCUAUAAGACGUAUUGUUUCUUCAAAAAAAAUGGUUGGUGGUCGAGGCUCAAGAGAAGACUUGGUGGAUUCUGUAGUCAGAAAACAGUCAACUCCUGCAGCGUUGAUAACUCCUACUCAAGUUCUUGAAGAAGAUAUGAUGAUAUUAAGUGUAAUAGAAGCCUAUUGCUUUAGUGCUAGACAACGCCAAAAUGUCACAUGUAGUCCUGAAAGUUCAUUUUUACUUCCUGAUGUUCCUCCUCACUUUAGUUUCAAACCAAUUACACCCCCAAGAACAAACUAUCCAAUGAAACAAAAGUAUCUCAAAAAGUCAAAGAAGAAACCAAAAGAAAUAGAUGGAAAUGCAGAGCUAUUUGGUUUAAAAGAGCAAGUGCAAAAUCUACACAAGCAAACUUUGUACCUUCGAGAAAAUUUAGAAGAAGAACGGAAGUCACGAGAAAAUUUUGAAAAAUAUUUAAAAAGAAUAUUUAAACGUAUAGCCCCGGAUAUCGAUUUAUCUGAAGAAAAAGCGCCCCAAAAAAUUACACCUCUAUAGAACAUAUCAUAUCACCUUUAUAGAACAUAUGUCAUAUCAUUUAUUAUUAAGUUUUUAUUGCUUUAGGUUGAAUUUUAUUAUCAUUGAGUAAGUUAAAAGAUAUGUUGCUACACAGUUGUUUGAUAUAAUUUUUUUUAAUGCAUGACUUUGUUACUGUUCAUUGUAUACAUUAUUUUAUAAAUAUUAUGUAUGAUAUUA